AUGGCUAAGAAACCAGACCCAAACGAAGUCGUAUAUGUUUAUCUACGUCAACUCGGUGGAGAAGUCGCUCCUUCCUCAGUUCUUGCUCCCAAGCUUGGUCCGUUGGGUAUGUCACCUAAAAAAGUCGGUGAUGACAUCGCCAAAGAGACAGCAAAUUGGAAAGGAAUUAAAGUCACCGUAAAGUUAACAAUCCAAAACAGACAAGCCAAAAUUGAAAUUAAACCAAGCGCAACCGCAUUGUUAAUUAAAGAGCUUAAGGAACCUUUGAGGGACCGUAAAAAGGUUAAGAAUAUAAAACACAAUGGGAACUUGACUUGGGAUCAAGUGAUGGGUGUGGCAAGGACUAUGAGACCUACUUCCAUGGCAAGGACUAUGAAGGGAACUGUCAAGGAAGUUCUCGGAACUUGUAGCGCCAUCGGCUGUACUGUUGAUAAUCAGAAACCUAGAGACUUGCAACAAAAGUUAGACAACGGAGAAAUUGAAGUACCUAACGAAUAA